AUUGUGCAGCUCUUGCUUAAUCACAGUGCGACGGUUGAUGCAAAAGAUGAAGAUUCAAGUACUGCACUUCACAAGGCUGCAUUAGAUGGACACCAAGAAUUAGUACAGCUGCUGUUGGAACAUGGUGCAGCAGUUGAUGCGAAAGAUCAGAAUUCGGAUACUCCACUGCACAAGGCUACAUUGUUUGGUCACAAAGAAGUAAUACACUCGUUGCUCAAUUAUGGAGCGGCGGUUGAUGCAAAAGAUCAAGAUUGUAAUACCCCAUUACAUAAGGCUGCUUUGAGGGGAUACAGAAAAGUAGUAACCCUGUUA